UUCUGUAAAUUUCUUUUGACUGGAACAAUGGAUUCUGGCUCUUCAGUAUACUUUUCUCGUGCUUUAAAUGCUAGCAGUUAGGUUUCUUAACAUGUCAUGAUCGGUUAGUGAGGAGUAUUGUUGCAGAACAGAACAACUGAUUCUUAUUUAUAAGAGAAGCAUGGUUUGUUUCAGCUGGUCAUUUAUACAGCCUAAAACAGUGAUUGUGCUGGGACAGUAUGGGCUGGACAUUGUUUCAUUGACUAACAAAGAUGGCCACAACAUUAUUGCAUAAUUCAAAUGUUGUAAAUCAAUCAUCACAAUGCCAUCAUAAAUAAAUCAUGUCACUGUGAUGAUGCUAUUAUAAAUCAUGUCACUGUGAUGAUGCUAUUAUAAAUCAUAAGUCAUAAAUCAUCAUGUAUGACAAGUUGCAUAUACAUUCAGGUUGAUGGGAUACAGGGCCUGAAGUUUCCAUACUUACUUAGUUAUUGAGCAGAGCUUCCUUCCACUCCCAUCCAUUAAAUCUCAGAAUAGGGUUUGUACACCAUCCAGUCAGUUUGAUUUAGCCAGAGUGGUCACAUGGAAGUAUGUCCUACAUCUGCCCUGACUGUAGGAUACCCCCCCUCCAUUUCUGAGGGCUUUGCUAUGCCCCAUUGGUUCUCCAUCUUCUGCUUUAUAUCAUGUCCUACACUGCAGAGUAGCACAGAAACAAGUUGCUUUCUCCCCACUGCAUGAAUCCAUACUUGCACCUUCUGACAUGAUAGAGAUGAGCACUCCUUGUGGUGUAACACUUGGCAGGAAGCCACCUGGUUUACUUGACAUGGCCUAGCACAGCAGUAGGGUACCCUUAUUUUUAAAGUUUAAAAAUGGAAGGACAAUUCCCCACCUCUGGGUAGCCUUGUACAGUGAUUGAAAUGCCAGUCUUCUCCUCCCACAAACACACAACAUCCCUGAAAUGAGCAAAGCAGCAUAUUAUUAGCAAGUAACAUAGCACACUACUAUGGCACAUUCCACCCGAGGUAAUGAGGAAUAGGCAUGAGGAUGGGCAGGACGCAGUAAUAAUCAAACACAGGACAGCAAGAAGAAUUCCUCUAAAACCCUAUACUAUAGGGCAGGGCAUAUAUUUUUUUUUAAAAAACCCCCAAUAAUAUAUAAAGCCCAAGCUCUGGGUUAUUUUUACUCAUUCUUACUUCUUAUUUGUUCCUGCUGAACAAAUGGUGUGCUUAGCAGGUUGAUGGUGAAAAACUGUCUAUGGUGGGGUACAGACCGCUCAAAAAAGGCAGCCUGACGGUGCCUGGUUUUCCGCCGGAGGGAACCUCAGCUGCCAAACGGCAAGGUUUCCUGGUGGCGGAAAAAGAACGCCACAGUGGCACACUCAUUACGCCGUGUGUACAGGGUGCCACCAUUUUGACGCCCUUGUCAAAUGCUAGGGUUGCAGGAUGUGUGGAAGCGCCGUCCCGAGGCAACCCUAGCGUGUCAUCAAACGUGCCAAAGAGCCUGUCUGUUCUGGGCCAAUAUGACUGGACACAAGAAAAUCUAUCAUACUUUGGGAAUGGCCCCGAUGGAUUUGGUUUAGUGACAAACAUCUUAGAAGAGCCAAACAAACAAGAACCUGUUACAGACUGGCAUUCUCUAUCAAAAUUAUUUCCACCAGUAUGGUCAUCAGACUUUGAAAACUAUGGUAGCUUCUCAGAGCUUUUUCCUAUAAAAGGUUUGCAAAAUGAAGACUGUAAUUUAUUUGGUAUACCGAAGCCUUGUGAAGAAAGCUUGGGAAAGACAUCCUCUGUAGAAUUGUUUACAAAAGAACCCGAUGAUCUCCCUGCCAUAAGACCCUGGUUUGCACCUUCACAGCCCAUCGUUCAGUCAUCCAGUGAGAUCUUGAAGAGUGCUGAUCCAGAAAGCAAGGCUUUUAAGAAUGAUGGAAUCAAUCACCUGGGCAGCUUUGCAUAUGUAUGCAAUUAUGACAAGCAAUUAAACAGUGGCAGUGGGAGCGCUUCCUUGCCUCAGUCUCGGAUAAAAGAUACCAAAGAAUGCCAAAAAACAGAGAGUGCAGGAGGCAUGGUUGGGAGAAAUGGAACAGAAGGAUCAAGCAAGUAUUUUACACACUUGUCUAAUUCUUGUACAGAUAGAAUAUGGGACCCAGUGAUCAAGGAAAACAGUUUGUGUCCCAAAAGAUGUACAGGUUUUACAGCUGCUCAUGACUCUGAACCCUUUGGCUGUUCAUCUGCACACACUCUCAGUCAAGCACUUAAUAAGGAAAAUAGCUUUCCUGACGGGAUGAAUACAAAAUUUCAGGAGAGCUGCACACAGAACAAGCCCAAUAGCACCAGCAUGGACACAAAUUUUAGUCAUACUCAACAUAAAAUCCCUGUACAUCCUGGAAAAGGCUCAAGUAACCCGUUGCCUCUAAAACCAGUUGCAGAGAAUAUGAAUUCAUCUUACAACGGGUAUACAUGGCUGGAAAUUAAAAUGCAAAGUGCAAUGGCUACAUCACCUGUAACAUAUGGGAACCAAAUGCAAGUACGUUCUCAGUUGUCUUCAGCUUUGUCAAGUGGGUCUUCUACGAAUGAAUCUGUCACCCAGCCUCCUUACUCACAAAUUUCACCAAUGGUAUCCUCAAGGAAAGACAGAAAACAGCAAUUAUUCACUGAUGUUUCCAACAGUUCAGGAUUUUCCAGUUGUACAGAAUGCCAGAAGCAACAUAACCCCACUGGACACUCCCAGAACGAUUCCUUAGCUAGUACAGAGGGGUGCUAUAGUAAAAUGCCAAGUAAUGUUUCCUCCAGUGGUAUAUCACAGCAAUAUUCUGUAAACCAGUCUGCUCAGAACCACAGAUUUUGCAUUAAGGAGACUCGAUACAAUAUUGAUGAGAGAACAGGGCAGAAUGAAAGAGGGCGUAAAAAUAGUUGGAUUCAACCUGCAGGAUACCUAGAUCCAGAUCGAACACAGUUUGAUCUUUUGAGAAGAAAACAAGAACAGAAUGGUGCUACUUUACCUGAUUAUCUGAACCCUACUUUCCUUCCUCUUUUCCCAUUAGUGUCUAAUUAUAAGCAUGUGCCUAAUUUUUCUCCAUUCAGUCCUCAGCCAUUUUUAUCACCAAUUAAUGCUGCAUUCUCCCUGUUGCCAUUUCCAUUGUCUGAACUUGUUGAUCUUCUUCAGUAUGAUGAUUUGCCCCAUUUAAGUCCUUUCAUUAAUGACCUCUGCGGUGGAGAUAUAGCUGCACCAUACUUUGCCUUUCCGCCACCUCUUAACCACUACAAGCCUCCAAAGAAUCGUAGUGGACCAGCAAAUGAGCUUCAUAUUCAUCUGGAAGAGUGUUACGAACAGUUGAGAGCUCUAGAGAGGGAACGGAAAAAGACAGAGGCAGAUCUAGCAAGACAUUUCCCAGGGAAGCGAGCAUCCAGUUCAAAUAACACUCCAUUUUCCCAUCUUCCUGCUAAGCCUUCCAGAGUGGAUCGUCUGAUUGUGGAGCAAUUUCGAGAGCAGGCAAGGGUAUACACUUUAAUUGAGAAAAUGGAGCAUGUUUGUGGUAGUCCUAUUCAUAGAAACAUAACCGCCACUUUGGGACGACACUUGGAAGCCAUCUGGGCUACUCAGGCAAGACGCAAGGCUGAGGUUGUUAAUUCUGUUAAUCCUCAAAGGCAAAGAACAUCUCGGUAUAAUAAUGAAAAAGAUGUCCUUGCUCUGGCAGCUGCCAUUAAAGAACUGGCUUUCUUCACACGAAAAGCACGUACAGCUUUAUGGUGUGCUCUUCAGAUGACUCUUCCCAAAACAUCCGCAAGCGCUCUGGCAAAAAAGGAGGAGGUGGAAAAGGCAUUGCAGGAACUCUGUCCGACAAAUGGCAGUUUCCAAGCGAACAGUGUCAUGAGGCAUGAAGGCAUACGAAACAAGAGGGAGAACCGCGAUGAACUGCAACAGGUCAUCAAAUGAGCAGAUUCAAGCAAGUCUUAAAGCAGAGUAGAAGAUACUCCACACUCUCGGCAAAUCUUGCUCAUCCGUGCUGUAUUUCCACUGCUGUUAUUCAAGCCUAGAUACACGUGUUCUUGUAAAAGUGUCACAGCAGUCUUUGUAUUGGUAGUAUGUGUCUUCAGUGUAAAACAGAUAGGGUUGACUAAGCAGAGACAAGCAAUAGUAGUGUAUCUUCUUGAGCACUGAUCCAAAGCUGUGACUCAAGCCAUUUACUAGGAAACUAGCAAGUGGCCUAGCCAGUUCUGUUGUUUUAUAAUUUAGCACACUUUUCAAUGCCACUGAAAGCAUUCAUUUGUUCAUUUUGUAAUAAUAAUCUUCUAAGUGCCAAAGUUAUUUACUAAAUAUUGGUUUUGGUUUUUAACUGAGUAGUAAACAUUUCUGUUGUGUUAUUGUCAGGGGCUGAAGUUCUUGAGUUCAUUUCCAAUGGUCUGGCUCAAGUAAUCAGCAACAAAUAUUAACAGACUAAUGCUAUGUUUUUAGCCUAAGUUUCCAUUUGGACUUAUCUAAACUUCAGUUUUUGUAGGUCAAGUGAUAAAGCAGAAUCUGUUUUGAAAGGAAAACAGAAGUAGGUCCUGAAUGAAGAGUGUUAAAUGUUGUAUUAUGGUGAGCAUUCGACAAGGAGAUUAAAUCAUUUAGUGUUAGAAAUGGAAGAUUUUGAUGCCUUGGUGGCUUAAAUCCAAUAUUUAUAAUAGUAUGCACUUCUUCAAAAAUGUAGUGAUUAGUUAUUUGAGUAUUUAUUUUAAGGGUUAAUAUCUAUAUCAAUCUAUUUAUCUGUAUCUGUAUAUUCUUAUUUUAUUGUACACUUUGAUCCCUUGCCAGACCUAAUAAUCAGGCUUAAUGUAUGCUCAGGGUCUGCAUGUGUAUAUAUAAUCUGUAAGUGUAUACACUGCAUUAUGUUUGUGGAGAUGAGAUGUUUGUAGAAAAGGUUCCAUAAAACUAAUUCUAUCCUAGGCUACCAAAGCUGGCUGAUUUUGUUUUCGCAUGAAGGAAUUUUGUAUGUAAAAUCACUGUCACUAGACUUCAUGCUGUGUCUUGGACAAUCAGAGAUGUUACAUGCCAUUGUGAAUGUAGAAGUUGAGAACUGGAACCAGUGGUGCCCCAGUCCAGACAUCUCACUGGUAGUCAUUGAGUUUGCUGUCUGAAAAUACAGGCUUCCCAUUUCAUGGUAAUGUUGGGGACAGUUCCACAAUAGAAUAUCUGGAGUGCUUUUGUGGAAAGCUGUCCCUCUCAUUGCAGUGAAAGGGGAAAUUUGUCAACUUUUAUAUGUGCAUGUGUUUCCCUAGAAUUUCUGUGUGUCAAAUGAAUGUCUGGAUUGGCAUUUUAAUGUUGGUGAGUAUUCUUACUUAUGAGUAUUAACCUUUUAGCAAACUUGUAAAGGGUUAGAUGACCUCUUUGUACUGAUAACCAAGUGAACUGUUUGUAUUUUAAAUGUUAAUAGAAUGACCAGUUCCUUUUAAUUCUAAGAAUUGAGGGAUACUUGAAGGAAAACAAUGUCUAUUUUACAAACUGAGAACAUGCUUCACUUGUUUAAUACGUUAAAUUGCACACUGCUCUGUAAGACAUAAUUUCUUCAUUCGUCAUAUAAUUCCCUCAUUUUUCAAUUUCCAACUUGUGAAUGUUUAGGAUAGAUGUUGUAUAGUGAGUACAAGGACUUAGCUGUGUAACAGGAAGUUGCAAAUACCUCACAUUCUCCUUUUUUAGCCCCAAAACAAAGGAAUAAUAGAAGGGCACAGUCUGCAGAGUGCCAUGUUCUUAAAGGAAAAUGAAACAAAUAUGUUUGUUCUUGCUUUACUUUUUGCCUAAAUAUUAAUGCUAAAGAAGUAAAGUUUGUGCAUUUUGCACUAAGUGUCUUAAAGUCAAAUCUUUUUGUGGAUUAGAACUAUUUUCAAGUAUGAUAAAUUGGAUAUAAGUCUUAGUAAGAUUGCUGUGUUAAACUGUAAUUUGGUAGACUGUUUUUUCCCGUUUAUAAAAUCAUUUUAUUUCUCCAGGAGUGUAGUAAUGUGUGUGUUAGGCACACUGAAUCUGUGUAAAUUGUUGAAAACAGUGAUUGUCAUUGGUUGUUACAAGUAAUGUGCCUUUUAAAAGUCUUUAAGAUAUAUAGCUGUGGGCUCAGUUUUUGUUGCAACUGAGCAAUAUAUUUAAAGGGAUAUCUAUUAAGAAGCAUUUGGUAACUAUAGUUUUAUGGUAUGGAUGUUUCAUAAUCAAUUUUCAGCACUAGGUUCCCAAACUUUAGAAUAUUUACAGGGUGCUUGUUUUAAUUAUGUAGCCUAGAAAUACCUGUUCUCAAUUUGCUUUAUUUGCAUUCUUAGCCCCUUCAUUAAAUGGUAGUACACUGUAUCAUAUCUCACCAAAGAAUGCAGUUACAUCUUAUGUAUUUAUGUUAGAAUUCAGUUUUCAACAGUAUUCUUUUUUCUUAUUUAGACACCCUUUUGUUCAGAAUGAUUCCUGGCAGUAUUGCAGUGAGAUUUAUUGUGCCUUUGGCUGAUAAUCACAUUUGUUAUGGCAUGGAUUGGCUAUGAAGCAGAAUGAAUGCAUGGGUUCAUCAGAUGGAGCUAUAUGAUUGUUGUACAGCGUUUAGCCCUAGAUGCUAAUCUGGGCCAUUCCUUAUAUUGUAUAAAUGAAGGUGUGUUGGGUGUUUCUCUUCCCUCUGCCUCCACAAACACAUGGAGGCUGUGCCUGUUCCUUAAAAAUUCUUCAGUAAGUCCACCGUUUUCAAGGCACCUGUAGCCAGUUGGAUGCGGCACUCUGAAUUACCUUGGCAGCAAACCCUUGCUUUUGAAUAACAUGAAAAAUUAAGCUCUGUAGGUAAUUUGAACAUGAGGUUAUCAGUACUGAAACCAAUGCAACUCUUUGAUCCUCUGAUUUGGGCUAAAACAUGUACUGCUUCUCCAAAUGCAGUGCACUGAAGUCCCUACUCCUUGCUAAACUUCCCAGUGAUGACUAAUACCAGAUGUAUUAAAUUAUGCAGCACAGAUAUAUGCAAAUGUUGAUUUUUCUAAACCAGUUUCUUUAGUAAGUUUGUCUGGGAUGUUAUGUGUGUUGCAAACUCCUUGUAAAGGUUAGUUCUUUAGUUUUCUCAUACAUGAGAGCUGUGGGCCUGGACACUGGUGAGGAGCAAUGACUGGGGAACCUGAAUUGGUACCAGAUUACUAUCAAGCCCAAUGUCUGCUGGAUCCAUUUCUGGCUUCUUGUUCGUAGUUUUGCUUAUUUCUGUAGGACUUUUUAAUGUUGAGGAUCUGAUUCUACAUGAAUGCUGCAAAAUUUAGCCUUGGAGAGGACUUUAGCUAUAGUCUCUCACAUAAGUGAAUUGUAUAAUGACCUGAAUCAAGUGAAAGUAAUGGAAGAUGAGAGGAGAGAUGAGUUUAUUGAACUCCCUAUGUAGCUCUCUGCUUUCUAUCUAUUGUGCUCUGACCAUUAGGGAAUGCUGAGAGGUGAAGCAGAAAUCAGGUGCUAUGAAACCUGCUUUUACUAUUCCCCCGUUUGUGGGAGCAGAGAGAAAUGGUUCUUUAAACAGAACUCAAGUCAUAGAUUUUUAGAGUUAGCCCCAGUAAGUCUCUACUAAAAUGCUAACCCAAAGAUUGCUACAGCUGCAAAAUUUGCAAUAUUGGGGCUGGAAUUUAUAGAAUUGUCUAGGUUUGAGGGUCCCUGAAAAGACUUGUGUACCAAUAUCAUGCACUGCUAUUGAAACUAAUUUUGACUGUGGUUUGCCAUGUGGCACAAGGACCUGUUAUUUUGAGAAAGCCCUGCUAGACACAUGGAAUGCUUUGCAGCUUUCUCUGGAUGUGGGACUAUAAUUGUGUCAGUGCAUGAAAAAUAACUGUUAGAUAAUAUGAUUCACUUUUAAAAGCAUUUAUUGCCCUUGAUUUUAAUUAUUUGUUUUGUUCUCAUUUAUUUUUUUGUAUCAACAAAUUCCAGAAUGAGAUUUGUUCUGGGUUGCUUUUCUGUUAAAGCUGGCUAUUUUUCUGUGACAGUUAGUGGACAGACUUUCUGACUUUUGUCUCUGUCUCUAUUGAUUUGUCCUUUUCUUUUAUAGAAAUGAUUGAAAUGAUUCCCUGCAUGGUUUUAUGAAUCUCAGUCACCAGCACACUUAAACCUUUUUGUAUCUUUCUGUCAGUUUGUGAAAAAGAAUAGUUGUACUUAAAGCUUUUGCAACAGACUUUCAUAGCACCUGGCAGCUUGUUCUUAAAGACGGUGUUUGUCCCAACUUUCCAUUUGUUUUAAAAACAUGAAUACAUUCAUCAAGCUUCUUAGAAAUACUACCAAUGCAAAUAUCAGAAUCAUCACAUACAGGUGGAGUUUUCAAGCAUCCCUGUUAUUUAUUUUUCCUUUCCCCCUUGUUGAGGUUUCCAAAAGGAAGGGGGAAAUGUUCGUUGACACUACUUGCGAUAAACAGAUGCAUAAUUGUUUGUUGUCUACUGCUUUGCCAGGGAAGCUUUAAUAAUUAUGUUUGCUUGCUAAAUAGAUGAGAUGGAGGGUCAGCUUGGAAUAAAUCAGGACAGAAGGCCUCUUUUUGUUUGCAGAACCAUUGCUUUUGUUCCAGAUUUCUCAGAGUAGAUCCACUGAAAUCAAAUUAUCAAUGAGGCUUCGGUUAGCCAUGUCUCUCAGCAGGUUGACUGAUUAAAUCUAGAACCAACUCAUAGGUUUUUCUUCUGAAUAAAGCAAUCUCCAGUGUGUUUGGAAACUUAAGCUUGCCUUUUAUUUUUAUUAUAAAUGAUGUGAAGAUCAAAAUGUCAGGUUUUUUUAGUAAAUAGUAAUAGUGAAAAUGUGUACACUGCUAGUAACAUGAAAAGCCUGUUAUAGAGAUUCAGCAAAUUGAACAGGAAUAUGUUCACAGCAAGGUCAGUCGAUGUGAGACUUCAUCACUGGACAGUUCAGGUGCUGAUUCAUUGUAUUUGGAAACAACGGUGGUUCUGAAAGCUGCAAAAGUAAUAACAACAAUAAUUUCUACCUCUCUUUUAACUUUCUGGGUGAUGACGGUGAUGACGCUGGCCUGCGGGGAUCUCCUUUGGCAUUGCGUUAAGUGAAAAAGAAAUAUGUUUAGCCAAGACUAGCUGUCACUUAGCAGGUGUGCACUUCUAAAUUAUAGUAACACAACUGUAUUACAGUAGAAAGAUGUAAAUUAUUAUAAUAUCUUAAAAAAGGUUUAUUAAAACUUAUGGUGAAUACUUUAAAGAAAUCAUGGUGAGUGAAAAGUUCCAACGUUGUCUUUAUAUGUCAUGUUUUUUCUCUCUGAAUUGGUAUGAUUGCCAAUAUUGUUCUCUUCUGUUUUGUUAAUGAUCUGCUGCUGUUUUCUGUGUAAGCCUCUUAUUUUGAUAAUUGGUAUCGAAUAACUGUUAUGUGUGCUGGCUAACACUUAAUUAAAGUAUUUAAUAUUUAAAUCACA